GUGGAAACUUUUGAACAAAAAGAAAGCACCAGGAAAGGGGAAACAUAAAUAGAGAACAUCUGAGAGGUAUCAUGGGAAUAGGAAAGUAAGGAGAAGGAGGGGGAACAGAAAAGUACAAAAUUUCAAAGUCUAAGAAGAAGAAGAAGAACUAACAAAAGGUUCUGGGUUUAAGUUUUGAUUCCAGUUUAAAUCAAUCUCGCCUUCCAUCUCUUUCUAGGUUUUGUGUAGGAUUCGCAUACAUCUGUGUUAGAAGAAGAGGAAAAAAAAGUACUUAGGAAAGAGAAACUCACACAAAGGGCAAGAAUCAAGAUAGAGAACUUGUUGAUUCGAUUGAACAGAUUCCCUGUUCUUAAAUCUGAUUAAACAUGUCACAUCUGGAUACAAUUGGACACAAAAUUCAAAAAGCUGCUAAUUCCCAAAAGACAUACUCAAAGUCUCAAAUGGAAUAAAUCAAUCAAAUCUUCAUCAUUUCUCUAAUGAUGUUAAUACAAAACUCCAUUGAUGCUCAUCUCUCUUCUCUUCAUAACAAUGGAAAACAAGAAAUCCUAUGUGUAUGGAUCCAAGAUAAUGAUCAUAAAAACAAGAAUGAUAGUUUAAGUUCUUCCCAAAUAUCAACCGAAAUUAACAUGUCAGAAACUUCUAAACCUAAACCUAAUCUUGUUUACAAACGCCGAAUCAUUCACAAAAAUUCCACUUCUACCCCUACUCCUUCCCCUACGCCUACCCUUGUUUACAAACGAAAAAAGAUUCAAACCAUUUGUUGCUCAUCAUCAAAAUCUAACAUGGAAAUUGGAUCUGUUUCUUUAAAACAACAACAAACAGAUGAUAUUGGUGAGUGUUCAUCUUCAGUUGUAAUGAAAGAUACAUCAGAAACAAAUUCAUGCUUCGAGUUUCUUGAACACCAUUUAGUGCUUCAAAGAUUGAAUGGAUUGAAAGGAAGCUGUUUUAAUAAAGUAAAAGAUGUUGAAAUUGAAAAGGGUAUUUGUGGUUUGAGGGUAUGUAAGGUUUGUGAAAAGUCAACAUUGACUGUGAAGAUGCUGAUUUGUGAUCUUUGUGAAGAGUCUUUUCAUAUGUCUUGUUGUAAUCUAAAGAAGGUUCCUGUUGGUGAUUGGUUUUGUCAUUCUUGUUUACGAAAAAAACUCAAGAAAAUGGAGGGAAAUUCGCCAAAAGGGUAUUUUGGUCCAAUUGUGGAUAUGUUGAGAGAUGUUGAUUGUUAUAAGUCGGAUGUUCGUAUUGGUAAAGAUUUUCAAGCAGAGGUUCCUGAUUGGUCUGGCCCACUUAUCCACCAACUUAAUGAUUACCACAACUUGUCUUCAGAAAUAAACCCUUCAGAUUCUGCUACUUAUCAAGAUUGGGAUUCCAGCAAGCUUUCUAGACUCAGCUGUAUUGGAAAUUGGGUUCAAUGUAGAGAAAUUGUUGAUCAUGAAAAUGGAAUUGUUUGUGGAAAAUGGAGAAGGGCUCCUCUUUUUGAAGUUCAAAGGGAUAAUUGGGAGUGUUUCAGUUCUGUGUUGUGGGACCCAAUCCAUGCUGAUUGUGCUGUUCCUCAAGAGCUUAGUACGGAUCAAGUUCUAAAACAGUUGAAGUAUAUAGAGAUGUUGAGGCCAAGGCUAUCAGCAAAAAGGUGGAAGUUGAGAGUUCACAAGGGUGUAAAUGGAGAAGAGCAUACAGGGGACACAAGAAAUACACAAAAAUCAUAGAUUUCAUGUAUCUAACAAAUUUUAUGCAUAUAUUUUGUAUUUUGCUAACUUUACUUGGCAAGAAUUUUGCAAAAGUAUCCAAUGUUUAUGUGUUACAUUGUUGAUUAAAAUGUUAUAUCAUAGAAGGCAAAAUGGAUGGGUCGGGUUAAUUGUUAUCAGAGCCAUCCCAUCUUUCGAGGUGCCAACACUUGGAGUGGUGGCAUACGGAGUGGUGGCUUGGACCUGAAAAGAGAGGUGCCAACCGUGACCAAUAAUGACUCUAAGUGGUGGCUUGAACCGAAAAAGGGGUGCCAAUCGUGACCAACGAGGACGUUCGCUCUUCAAAGCGUGGGGUAUUGUUACGAUCCCACAUCGGCCAAAUGAAGUUUGAUUGGUGGCUUAUAAGACUAAGUGUUCCAUCCUCUUUCAAGCUAGCUUUUAGUAGUGAGUUCUGCACUUGGGCUUAUGGCAUGAUGCGAGCCUAGUAUGAGAUGGGUUCGUAUCACUUCAUUACUUGUUUAAUAUUCAUCAAGAUUGAUUUUGGUCAAUAAGUCAAUCCAUUACACUUAAAUAUAAUUAGUGAAACAAUUCACCAACAUGUUCUUCAACACAAUCAACAUCUCAUAUGUAUCAAUGUAAUCCAUAUCCUUUUCGAGGUUUGGGAUCAUAAUUGGAAGUAUAAG